AACAGUGGGUAGAACCACACGGUGCUUUUCUCAAGAGUUGUGGCUUCGUGGCAUGACUUGCAGGCUGAAAACUUCGUCACUAUGCACAAAAUCAACCAAUUGUGUUCAGUCUCAGUGUUUUUCUACAGUUUCACUCUCACAGAUCUUCUCAUAAGUUAAGACAUCAGGAUGCUGUUAAUAACGAGCCCCACUGCAGAUAAUGAAGCACACAUAAAGAAAAUGUAGUUUCUGUGUAAUUUGCUUUUUAAAAAUCUUUUUUAAUUUUAAUGCGGUAGUACUGUUUUUAUCAUUCUGUUAUCUGAGAGCGAUAAUGGCACGGCAAACAAACAGACUGGAUGAGAAAAAAAUCUGCUGCUCGAUCUGUUUGGAUCUCCUGAAGGAUCCGGUGACUAUUCCCUGUGGACACAGCUACUGUAUGAACUGCAUUAAAAGCUACUGGGAUGAAGAGGAUCAGAAAAACAUCCAGAGUUGCCCUCAGUGCAGACAGACCUUCAUACCGAAGCCUGCUCUGAAGAAAAACACUGUCUUGGCAGAGUUAGUGGAGGAGCUGCAGAAGACUGAACUCCAAGCUUCACCUGCCGAUCAUGGCUAUGCUGGACCUGAAGAUGUGGCCUGUGAUGUCUGCACUGGGAGGAAACUGAAAGCCAUCAAGUCCUGUCUGCAGUGUCUGGUCUCUUACUGUGAGCAUCACCUCCAACCUCACUAUGACUCUACUGCCUUUGAGAAACACAAGCUGGUGGACACAUCAAAGAGGCUUAAGAGAAUCAUCUGUUCUCAACACAGUGAGGUGAUGAAGAUAUUUUGCCGCACUGAUCAGCAGUGUAUCUGUUAUUUGUGCUCCAUGGAUGAACAUAAAGGCCAUGACACAGUUUCAGCUACAGCAGAAAGGAAUAAAAAGCGGAGAGAACUUGGGGUGAGUCGAAAGAAAAUCCAAGAGAGAAUCCAGGACAAAGAGAAAGACAUGAAGGUGCUUCAGGAGGAGGUGGAAGCCAUCACUCAGUCUGCUGAUAAAGCAGUGAGGGAAAGUGAGAAGAUCUUUAAUGAUGUAAAACAGCGGAUCAGAUCUCGUCAGAAAGCUGAAGUGUGUCGUGCAAGAGAGCUUCAGGACAGAAUAGAGAAUGAGAUCACUGUGCUGAAGAGGAAAGAUGCUGAGCUGGGGCAGCUCUUUCAUACACAGGAUCACACCCACUUUCUCCAGACUUACACCUCACUGUCACAGAUGCAUGAAUCUGUUGGAUCACUCGACAUUAAAACAUGUACUUUGCACUACUUUGAGGAUGUGAUGACAGCUGUGUCAGAGUUUAAACGUAAACUACAGGAAAUACGUUUUGGUGCCGCAGGCUCACAGUUAGAGGGGGAAGUGGAUGCGGUAAUGUCUCGACCUGAGCCCAAAACCAGAGCUGAGUUCCUCCGACUUUCACAAGAACUAACGCUGGAUUUAAACACAGCAAACACAAGUCUCUUAUUUGAAGGGGACAAAAAAGUCAAAUGUAUGAGUAAAAAAUUUGUAUAUCGUCAUCACUCAGACAGAUUCAUCAACAGACAUCAAGUCCUGAGCAGAGAGAGUCUGACUGGAUGUUGUUACUGGGAGGUGGUGUGGAGUGGAGGAGCACUUUCAGUGGCAGUUUCAUACAAGAAUAUCAGCAGAACAGGAGAUGAAAGUCUGUUUGGGAACAAUGACAGUUCUUGGGCACUGGAGUGUUUCAAAAAUGGUUAUGAACUGAGGCAUAACAAAAUCAGAACUGUCAUUUCAGGCCCUCAGUCACCCAGAAUAGGAAUAUACGUGGAUCACAGAGCGGGUAUUCUGUCGUUUUACAGUGUCUCAAAAACCAUGUCUCUCCUGCACAGAGUCCAGACCACAUUCACUCAGCCGCUCUACGCUGGAUUUUGGCUUUAUGUUGGAUCGUGUGUUGAGCUGUGUGAGCUCAAGUAGUCUAGAAAAAGAGGUCUCUCCUAAAGAGGUCAGGCAAAAUAUAUCCAUUUCCUAUUAAUGCAGUCUGAUAUACCAUUAUUUCUUUCCUCAUCUUUUACUUUUAACAAAGGAGAAAUGAAUGACAGUUGAACUUGUUGUUGGUUGCUAGAAGUUACAUUGCAAAAGCCUGUAAAAGCACCAAUUGUGAAUUGGGAAGUUAAAAUUUUGGACAUGAAGCUAAUGGGAUCUUAUCAUUGUCAUGUUCUUAG